AUGAUGGAAGCUUUAAUAAAAAGUUCAAGAGCAAUUAAUUUAAGGAUUUCAAGAACGAGACUAAUAACUCAAUUUAGUCGGACUAUAUCGAUAAAUACAAAUAAAAUACCCAGUCCGCCAAAAUUGCCAAGAGAAGAUCAAGAGGAGUUCGAAAAAUUACAGAAAAUUGCAAGCUCUCAGGAAGCUAUAGAAGAAUACAAUAGGAAAAUAAAGGAAGAUCCCACUAAGGAGAGUUUAAACUCUGAAAUUUUGACUAAGAAUGAUAUUGGUUCAUUUUCCCCCGAGUUCUCCAAGACGUUACCUGAGUUUGAAGGUGACGUGAAUCCAAAGACUGGGGAAAAAGGUGGACCAAAACAAGAUCCUCUGAAAUAUGGAGAUUAUUCAUUUAACGGUCGUGUAACUGAUUUUUAG